UGCAUCUGAUUUCUGCACAGCAAUAAUCUGCACCUACACAAACAAGAAAAAAAUGGCUAAAAGCAGAGAAAUCUCCAAGCGUUCGCGCGCCGCCCGCCGCGCAACCUCACCAUCCAUCGACACCGACAAAUCGCUAAAGAACGUUGCCCGCGAAACCACCGCCUCGGAACGUCCCGCCGUCCUAUCGGUGCAAUACGCAGCCGGUGUAUCCAAGAACAGAAUCAGCAAGCGCAAGUCGCAGAUCUCUGCCAAGGCCCGCAAGAGACAGCAGCGCAGCAUGGACAUGGGCGAGGCGGUCAUGGAGCGCACCAGCAAGAAGAUUGAGAAGAGCAAGGGCCGCUCGCGCGUUGUCCAGGACCGCGCGAAGCGGUGGGAGGAUGUUAACCGCAUGGCGGCCAUGACUAGCAUUCUCGAGGUCGAGGGCCAGGACGACAUGGACGAGGACGGUGCCGAGAAGCCUGACGCCGGCAAGGACUGGGAGACGGAUGACGACAAGGACGCUACUGCUGCUGCUACUGCUGCACCUGCUCCCGUCGAUGAUGAUCUGGAUGAGAUUCUCUAAACGGUUCACGAAGAGCUUUAUGUGAUUGACCAAGACGGCAUGGCAAACAGAAAAAGAUUGGAGUUUUGGCGUUGAUUAUACAAUGACUUUGGUACUUGGGUUUUCUAGAUAUAUAUCUAUAUGCGUUUAUGCAAUCGCACGAGUGCGUGCACAGAUAGACACGAAUGAAAGUUGCACAAUAAUCGCUUAAGCAUUGCCUCUGCGCUCAAACUGGAACCUCAUCAUGCCGCCGACCUUGCCUUCUGCUGGCUUCGUCUCUCGUCCACCCGCCUGGUCAGCCUCCUCGCGGAUCUUCUUGAUCAGAGCAUCCAUAUCCUCUCGCAGGACCACUUUGGCAUUCGACCCUCGCUUUCGCGGCGCAAUAACCGUCUCCACCUUGUGUCCCUUUUCCAGUAGCUUGGCCAUGACGCGCAUCUUGGUCAUCAGAUCGUGCUCCUCAAUGCCCCACGUAAAGUCCAGCUCUUUCAUCUUGAGCUUCUUGGCUCCGGUGGCCUUCUUCUUGUCCUUGAUUUGCUUCAUUCGGUCGUACUCGGCCUUCUUGUCUACAAUCUUGCACACAGCGUAGCGGGCCGCCAUGGGAGGGUCGGCUUUGCCGUCGGCAGGGACGUAUGCUUGAAUCAUGCGCAGAGAUUCGCCGGCCUCCAGCUUAGAGAGGACGUAUUUCGUUUGGAUAGGGCCCUCAAUAAUUCCAUUCUCGAGCACCAUGACCUGUGGAUCUGUGAUUUCGUGGUCUUGUGGAAGUCGGUCUUUGCCAGAUCGUUCAAUGUCGCGCUGUGUCAUGAAGCGAGGGUCGUACUUUCGGUUUUUUCUGUUCUCCUCUUCCUCUUCUACUUGUUCUUGAAUUGUCGGAGCAGCUUUUCUUCGGUUUCCUGGACCAGCAUAGAAGCGUACUUGCGUUUGGGGAAGGGCUGUUGAGUGCUGUGCGUCGGGCACGUGCGACGGUCGACGCUGAAGGCGCGCCGCACAGCGCUCAUUGAGGGGCCAUACAGAUCGGAAGAGAGCUCUGUGUGUGCUGCGGAGGCAUUUAGCACCUUGUAGGGUCGACAUCUUGGGCGUGGCGGCGGUUUGGCUAAGCUGCAAAUGUGGUGUCGGAAGCGAAAUACC